UAUAUAAAGCCAACUAAUCGGGUUUGCCAAUCAAAGUAAACCGAACAACGGUCAUGGGCUUAGACAAUAUAAAGGGUUCGCGAGUUUUGGUGCGAAAUCUUAAGUUUUGCAGGCUGUGGCCCGAUCCCAGGUCAACUCCAACCACGGCCACGUCUACGUCCGCACCAUGGGGCAGAUUUUUCCGAUUGCUUCAGUCAUUUGCUAUACAUUUCUUUGUGACCUUUACGUUCACGGCUAUGAUGUGGAUGGAGGCCUUAAGCAGCGACGAUUUCGAGCACUGCACAGAUGUUCUUUUUAUCACUCUGACGAUGACGAGUCUGGUGGCCAAGAUUUUCAACAACUGGCGUCAUGCUAAAAUUGCUCGCGAUCUACUUGAGGAGUGGAGCGUCAGUCCGCAGUUUAAAGUUCGCUCUGGUGCGGAGCGUGAAAUGUGGGAGCGGGAACAGCUUCGGUUUUCACGCGUCUCCCUCCUGUACAGUUUCUGCAGUUUGGGCGUGGUGCCAUGCAUCUUCAUAUCCUCGGCAUACAACUAUCCAAAUGAAUUGCCAUUUUUGGUAUGGGUUCCCUUCGACUGGCAGAGGCCUGGUACAUUCUGGUCUUUAUUCGCUUAUCAACUAUUUGCGGUGCCUUUUACUUGUCUAUCCAACUUAACUUCGGACUUGCUUAACUGCUACCUAAUGCUGUAUGUUUCGCUCUGCCUUAAGAUGCUGGGCAUGCGCCUGGCUGCACUUGCUACAGCAGAGCAACGCGACUCGGAGCUUCAACUGCGUGUUCAGUUGUUGGAGCUUAUUGCGCUUCAUAGGCGCAUCAAGGUGCAGGCCAACAUGAUUCAGACUUUCAUCUCAAAGAGCACGCUUAUUCAGAUCUUACUGAGCGCCAUAAUAUUGUGUCUCUCCAUCUACCGAUUGCAGAUGCUCAACGUAUUCCAGGCACCGAGCAUCUUUGUAGCUAUGGCCCAGUAUCUGUUCGCGAUGACCAUGCAAAUCUUCUUGCCUAGUAUUUAUGGGAACGAAAUUACCCAUAACGCCGAUCGGCUGCCAACUGCACUGUACAGUUGUAAUUGGCCAGAUAUGUCCUGGCAAAUGCGUCGUUUGAUACUGUCUUUCAUGAUAUACCUAAACCGUCCUAUGGUACUUCGAGCCGGUGGCUUCUUUGAAGUGGGCCUUCCACUGUUCACCAAGACCAUGAACCAAGCUUACAGUCUCUUGGCCUUGCUCCUAAACGUAAACAGCAAAUAA